ACACCCUUUGGGAUGAAAGAAACUGUGCAGAUCGUAGCAUCGCACUGCACAGUGUGCAAAGGCACCUACCCAUUCACUACUCAAGUUCCGUAGCUGGGAAUGAAGAGUUUCCAAGUGCAGGACAGGAUCCAAUAAAGCGACCACUGGCCAAGAACUGCCUACAUUAGGAUUCUUGCAACAAUCCUAAAAUCACUGAGUGCCACACCAUACAGAUCCUUUUCGAGAUGGAAAGGACACUUCUCUUGCUGUUUCUAGCGUGCCUGUCUUGGGGACAGAAAGUUGAGGAGAUACAAGACUAUGCAAGCGAUUUGGAUCUGUUUCCGUUCGACUUCCCGGAUUCGACUGGGGCCAGAGUUGCAAGACAAACUAACGUGCUGCAAAGGCUAGAAAUCAAGCCACACAUUACUGAAUUUACAGUGAAAUCCACCAUAAUCUCCCGUUACGCCUUCACUUCAGUUUCUUGCACAAUACUGAACAGAGCAUCUGAGAGCAGAGAAGCUGUGUUCCAACUGCAGCUUCCUUCAUCAGCUUUCAUCUCAAACUUUACAAUAAUUGUAGGUGAACAAGUUUAUCCUAGUCGAAUGAUUGCAAAGGAGAAGCGUCAUGGUGGAAACAAAAAGAAAAAUCAGAAAACAGAAACUGCAGAAAAUGCAGAAAGUGACAUGGACAUAUUCAGAGUUGCCACAAAGCUUCCUGGCAAGGACAAAGCCAUAUUCCUUUUAACAUAUGAGGAACUACUGCAAAGACGUUUAGGAUUCUAUGAAUAUGUUGUCAGUGUCCGACCACAGCAACUAGUUGGCAAAUUAUUUGUGGAAGUCAACCUACUAGAGCAGUCUGGAAUCAAACACCUGGAGGUAGCACCACUCCGAAAGGCUGGAAAUGGUGAUAAAGGCUCCCAGUCACCACCUGUAGCAACGAAGAUUGAUCAGACCAGAACGACAGCUAAAAUUGUGUUUAAGCCCAGUAUAGUCCAGCAAGCUAGUAUAGACCGCAAAGGAAUUCUGGGAGAUUUUAUUAUUCGAUAUGAUGUUAACAGGGAGCCAAGUGUUGGUGAUGUUCAGGCUAUGAAUGGAUUUUUUGUGCAUUAUUUUGCCCCUAAAGACCUCACCCCUGUUCCAAAGAAUGUAGUGUUUGUGAUUGACAACAGUGCAUCCAUGCUGGGACUGAAAAUUAAACAGACCAAAGAUGCCCUCUUCACUAUUUUGGGUGAUCUAAGAAAUGAGGACCAUUUUAACAUUGUUGGCUUCUCCAGCCGAAUAAAAGUCUGGCAGCAAGAUCGCCUGGUCCUAGCAACACCGAAUAAUAUAAAAGAUGCAAAGAAAUUUAUUCAUUUGAUGUCAACUUCAGGAGUAAACUCAGCAACCACCAGAAGUAACUGUCCUGAAGAUCUCCAUGACUGUACUAACAUGAAUGGAGGUAUCCAGACAGGUGCCAAGGUACUCACAGACUUCAUUGCUAAAAAUGUCAACUCUCCAAAAAGCAUAUCCCUCAUUAUAUUUAUUACUGAUGGUCGUCCAACUAUUGGAGAAACUAACUCCUCCAAAAUUGUAGCCAACACAAAGGAAGUUAAUAAGGGUCAGUUCUGUCUCUACAGUAUUGGAAUUGGAAAAGAUGUGGACUUCAAGCUGCUCGAGAGGCUUUCAGUUGAAAACUGCGGUGUGCUUUGGAAGAUUCCAGAAGAAGAAGAUGCAAGUCUUCUACUAAAGGGGUUCUAUGAUCAGAUAGGAACCCCAGUACUUUCCGACAUUGAAAUUGGAUAUUCAAAAAGGAGAGCAGCAUACACAACUCAAAAUGUAUAUGCCAACUAUUUCAAUGGCUCGGAGAUCGUUAUUGCUGGAAAACUGCUGAAUACAAGUAGUAGUGAUUUACAUGUUCAAGUCAGUGCAAGGACAAGUGAUAAAACUGUUUUACUGGAAACUGAUGUGCCUGUAAGUAAAAAUGGUGAUAUUCUGCAUAAAGAAAUCACAAGUGCUGAGGAAGGCAUUCAAGAAAAUGGAAAUUACAUUGAAAGACUUUGGGGUUAUUUGACCAUCAAAGAAUUACUCAAAACUCGUAUGAAAAGUAACAGUGUGAAAAAGAGGGAAGCCCUGACUGAUCAAGCAAAGAAUCUCUCUGUUGCGUACCAUUUCUUGACUCCAGUAACCACACUGAAGCUGGAGCAAGACAUGAAUGUACAGGAUCCUCUAACUGACAUUUCCCAUAAUCCUUCAGAUGAGAGCUUCAGGGAGCUGCCUCCAGUCUUGCAGGAGCAAAGCAGGGCCACAGGUUCUUCAUCCAAAACGAGAAAGAAGAUGAAGGUUUCUAUAUCUAAAACCUCAGUGGAUGGAGACCCUCACUUUGUUGUUGAUUUCCCCUUGAGCAAUAUAACUGUAUGUUUCAACAUUGAUGGUGAACCUGAUGACAUUCUGCGACUUGUUUCUGAUAACAAGCACUCUGGAGUAACGGUGAAUGGGAAGUUAAUAGGAGCUCCAGCACCUGUCAAUGGCCAUAAGAAACAAAGAACAUACUUCAGUGCCUUAACGAUUCUUGUCACUAAACCUGUCAGAGCAUACAUUGAAGCCACACCUUCUAGAGUCAUCCUGGACAGCAAAGACAGACUAGUGCUUCCUUGCGACAAGACAGCUACGGUAGAGAGCCAGGGGCUGUUGAUAACACUAAAUGCAAAUUCCAACAUAACUGUGACAAUCCAAGACACCAUCUCAUUUGUAAUCCUCUUUCAUCAGUACAAGAACCCAGCUCCAUUCCAAAGAAAUCAUCUGGGAUUUUACAUUGCCAACAGCAAAGGGUUAUCUGCCAACACACAUGGUUUGUUAGGGCAGUUCCUGUACACCAGUGUAAAGAUUGCUACUAGUCCUACUAGUACAAGUUCUAUGUUAUCACAACCAGAUCAGGAAGAACAGUACCUGCAAGCUCAUAAUGAAACAGCAAGUGCCAUGUUGAAGGUGAAAGGUCAUGUGAUACCUGUGAUGAAAAAACAAAGGAAGAUAAACAACGGGAAAGAGCAGGUGGACUGCUGGUUUGUGAAGAACAAUGCAGCCAGACUGAUUGACGGAGAAUACAAAGAUUACCUUGUUUCGCAUCCCUUUGACAGUGAGACACCUGCUUGGCUAACAAAUGAACUUAACGAGACAGUCAUGGACUCAGCAAAAUAAGACUAACGUGAAACAGGAUAUAAUAUUAAUGAAAAAUGUAUAUGUUUUUAAAGAACAUGAUUCUGGUCACUGUUCAUUGUUUAGCAGUUUACCAGGGUCUGGGUAAGGUGUUGCGAAUGGUGUUUGUUUUUAUUUAACGUCAGACGUUAACAUUCAUUUCAAAAAUUCCAGCAACACAGAAGUGGACAGAUUUCUGAAUACAGGGACUAUCACUGCUUCAUAAAAUGCAAUUGUAAAAUGAUGCAAGAUUUUUUUUGAAGGCACUCAGAACACAAUGUGUCACGCUUUUAACUGUUAUUUUAUGUAUUCAUUUAAUAAUGGAAUGUGUACCCCAACACACACACUUGUACAUAUUUGUCUGUACUGUACUAAUAAAACAAAGUAAACUAAUAACAUUGUAAA